AUGCCUUCAGCAGCUAGACAAAGGCUUCCUGCCGAUUUGUGGCGGCAGGGAUAUCGGAAGCAAUCAAGUGGUAGCCCUGGGCCUUUUAACUGCUCACAGGAGAUUAUAGUUCAUGCCAGCCCUGGUAACUGUGACGUCUUCCAAGAGGAGAAGUUGCCAAAUUUGCUGGGCAGCACAAAACAUUUAACAAAAUCUCCCAGAAAGCAGCCUUGUACCACCAGUCGGGGCAGCCCCAGUUCACUGACCAGACGGGGAAGCUUCACCUUACAGCGUACUGGAUUAUCUGAGUCAGACAACAGCAUUGUCCAGAGCAAGAUGGACACACCUGAGCUGUCCACUUCUGCUAAAUCAGACAGUUAUCUUAGAUACGACCCUACGAGUGUGUGUGAUGCUUACGCAAUGGAGUCAUCUAUUGCACCUCCUCCCAGCGAAGUGCCCUUGCCUCCUCUAGAGUGGCUGCAGUCGUAUACAAGGCAGUCACGUUGUUCUGUGAUCAGUAACAUAUCUCUGAAAGCAAUCUUGGGUUGCCAAGUCGCGGCGUGA